GCGGUGCUCGCGCCACCGCGCGCGCAGACGGCGCCGCCCGCGCCGCUGGUGCCGCUGCCGACCGCCGCCGAGACCGCGCCGCCCCUCCCGCCGGUCGCGCCGCCAGAGCCAAAGCUCGCGGCCCCGCUGUUCCCGGACUUGGACGUCCCCGAGGUAAACACCAGGCGCCCGCUGCCUCCGCUCGCGCCGCCUUUCGCGCUCGCCACCUCCACGGCGCCGCUCGACGCCGCUGUUCCCUCUCCUCCCAGGGCGACUGCGCGUCCUCCGGUCCCCUUUGCCCCGGCCCCGACCGCGUCGCGGCCCGCGACGAGGGCCAGGCCACCUCCGGCCCCGGACGUCCCGCUGCCCGCGGUCGCAACCGCGCGACCGCCGCGGCCCGCCGUCGCCGUUCCGGAGCCCAGGACCGCGCCGCCGCUGUUGCCCGUCGCGCCGGUGCCCGAGCUGAACGCCAGACGUCCGCUACUACCGCCGCCGCCAGCGUUCGCGCCGCGCACGCGCACGACGCCGCUGCUCGUCCCGGCUCCGCGGCCCGAGGCCACGCCCGCGCCGCCGCCGGUCGCUUCCGUGCUGGACCCGGCUUGCAACACAAGGACGCCGCCGGCAGAGCUCGUCCCGCUCCCGAUCACGACUCGCACCGCGCCGCCGCGACCCGCGGUCGACGCGCCCGUCCCGGCGCAAAUCCGCCCGCUGUUGCCACCCUUCGAGGACCCCGAGGCGAACCUGAGCGCGCCGCUGGCGCCGGUCGCGCCCGCAUUUGCGCUCGAGAUGCGGAUCGCGCCGCUGCUCGCCGCGGUGCCCUCGCCGGUCCUGGCCAGGACCGACCCUCCGCUCGUCGCCGCGCUCCCGCCGGAGGCCAGCUGCGUCGACCCGCCGCCCCCGCUCGUCCCGCUCCCGACGCUCACCGUCGCCGCUCCGCCGCGGCCGGCGGUGCCCGAUCCCGAGCCCAGCAGCACCGCGCCAGAGUUGCCGGUCUGCGACGUUCCGGAGCUGAAGACCAGGCGCCCGCUCGACCCGGCGCCUCCGGCGUUCCCGCUCGCCACGCGCACGGCGCCGCCGCUCGCCGCGCUGCCCUCGCCGCCCGUCGCCGCGCAGGCGCCUCCGGUCGCCGCGGUGCUCGCGCCACCGCGCGCGCAGACGGCGCCGCCCGCGCCGCUGGUGCCGCUGCCGACCGCCGCCGAGACCGCGCCGCCCCUCCCGCCGGUCGCGCCGCCAGAGCCAAAGCUCGCGGCCCCGCUGUUCCCGGACUUGGACGUCCCCGAGGUAAACACCAGGCGCCCGCUGCCUCCGCUCGCGCCGCCUUUCGCGCUCGCCACCUCCACGGCGCCGCUCGACGCCGCUGUUCCCUCUCCUCCCAGGGCGACUGCGCGUCCUCCGGUCCCCUUUGCCCCGGCCCCGACCACGUCGCGGCCCGCGACGAGGGCCAGGCCACCUCCGGCCCCGGACGUCCCGCUGCCCGCGGUCGCAACCGCGCGACCGCCGCGGCCCGCCGUCGCCGUUCCGGAGCCCAGGACCGCGCCGCCGCUGUUGCCC